CAUAGCGAGCAGGAAGUUUUUCAUUAGUCAACAGCGGGUCGGUCAGGCGCUGUUGUCGCGCUUUGGCUUUAGUUUAGACCACAGCAGUAUGAAAAGCAGAGACUUCUCGACUGGAAAUGAUGGAUGUGACGGUUUUUUUCUUUAAAAUGAUCCUUCUGCGACUGGUUUCGGUUUUAACGUGCGUGUCUCUGACGGCCACGGAGGGGCUUUCAACAUGGGCUCCUGCCAACUGCUCUCAACAGGGUCUGAGGUGUACAGUCAGCACAAGUAACUGUUGGGACAGUAAGUGGUUGGAUGUUAAUGACUACACUCCCAGCAGUCCAGAGGACCUGAAGGUGUCUUUUGACACCAGGCAGGAUGAGAAAGGACACCUUCAUCCUGUGGUGGUCGCUAACUGGAAGUUAAAGGAUGAUGGCAGCAUUGGUUACCUGAAAGCCACUGAGCUUCAUGUCCUUGUGAAGUCCACCAACCAGAACCUGUGUGUUCGAUAUUCUUUCAAAGACAAACUCCCAAUGAGAAGUCCAUCACAAGAAAAGUGGUCUUUCUCGGCUGUUGUGCUGUUGGACCCUGGUCAGUCAUACUGGGUCUCUGUAUUCAACAUCCCUAAACCAGAGUUGGGCCACAGCAACUACAACGUUGGCGAUAACAUCAGCGUUCCUGAUUGUCAAGAUCCUAGAGUGCUGAUGACCCAGUUUUGCAUAGAGAGAGGAAGUCUAUGGCAGCCUAACAUCAGUCUGGCUCAGAUCACUGCAGCCAGUGGAAGAUCUGCGCUGGCUGUCAGCUUCAAUCCUGACAGAUUCGCUGAGAAGUACAAAGUUUUUGUGAAGUGUUCUGCCAUUAAACAAGAACACCAUGCAUACAGUGCUAAUCAGACCCUGAAUGUAAAAUUCAGCCUUGAUAAUUGGCCUAGAUCCUGCUGCCAGUUUGAUGCGGAGAUCCAACCUUUCUUCCCAAAAUGUGGCAAUGACUGUACCCGUAAAAGGAAAACUCUGGAUAUUUGUCCUGCAAAGCCAACAGAUGCGCCCACCGUCCCUCUGUACCCAUUUGUCACCCUGGGCGUGGUGUUUUUGUGUGUGGUGAUGGCAGUUAUUAUGUGCGUCCGCUGCAGGAAGCCAGGCAAACCUGGUAUUGCUACAGUACCUGUGGGAGGUGAGAAACCAUGGCAGCAGCAGCUUAAACAACCUCCCAAAGUGCUGGUCAUCUACUCCCAGGACCACCCCCUCUACAGGGACAUAGUGCUAAAGCUCUGUGCCUUCCUCCAGGCUAAGUGUGGCACCAAGGUGCUGGUGGACCUGUUAGACUCCACCUCGGUUGGCAUGGUGGGUCGCCUUCGCUGGCUUGAAUGGCAACGGCAACAGCUUAAAAAUCCUUCUGACAAAAUCCUGGUGCUGUGCUCACGAGGCGUCCAGGCCAAGUGGAGGGCCAUGUGCGGGGAAGGUCGGGUGACACUGAGGGAAGACGUUGCCUCCCCUACUGACGACAUGCUUACUCCCUUUCUCAACCUCUUCCUGCCAGACAUGCACCAGGCAGGCAUGCUGGGUAAGUACAUGGUGGCUUACUUUGAUGUCAUCAGCAGCCAACAAGACGUGCCAUCGGUUUUUGACAUUGCGGUCAAGUACAAGCUGAUGAAGCAUUUCGAAGAGCUGUACUUCCGCAUCCUAGACAUGGAGAAGUACCAGCCAGGUCAGGUCAACCACAUCAGCGGGAUCGGUGGGGACGAAUAUUUCAACUGUCCCUCAGGCAGAGCCCUGAAGAAUGCCAUCGAAACCUUCCAGGCCUACCAGCUGGAAAAUCCUGAUUGGUUUGAGAAGGAGUGUGUGGACAGUGAGGAGGAAGUGUUGACUGAGGCUAACCCGCUCAUCGACCAGCUGACGAUCCCUCCAGUCCUAGAGUGUGUUCCUCUAAUCCGAGAGGGGCUUCCUGUCUACGUCCGUGAGGUGGAAAUCAAUGAUGACCGCAACAGUGUCCGUGUCCUUACACCUGAACUGAACACAGAGUGCCAGCUGUCGUCAGUGGUAGAACUUAGGGCAACUGUGAGCCCCAAGUGCAAAUAUCAGUAUCUGUCAAACCUGGAUGAAGUGUUGACGGAUCACCUGUAUCCUCACAGCCCCAGUCCAGUAUCUGUCCACAUUGCUGAGCCUGUUCUGAACAGGUCGCCACCACUGAGACACAACUGGCUCUCCGUCCAGGAAGAACCCAUGGGUCAAGUUCCCACUGAGGAUGAGGAAGAGGAUUCCCUACAACCUGUGAUCCAGCUCUCCACUCAUUCGGACCAGAGAAGCUCAGCCCUACAGAACUCCCUGGACUCCAACCCUCCAGAAUCCUCAUGUAUGCAGAGUGAGUACUUCCCUCUAUCUGAAAUCAGCCACUCUCAGCCUGAGGAGAUGGAGGAGGACGAGGUUCUGGAGCCCAGCGGAAAGGGUCCGAGCAGUGGAUCUGAUCAAGGCUACAUCUCCAAAAUGUCCUCCCAGCAUGAGCCCCCUUUCAUAGAGGAUCCCCUGGUGGCUCUGAGAAGGCUGCAGGAGGAGCUGUUUCAGACAAUCUGAAGGAAACCGCUGCUGAUAGUCCAAAAUCCACCCGCAGGAACGAGUACUGAACUUUCACUAAGUGCCUGAAGGUCCAAACGCUGUGAGAUCACACAGCUGGACAGAGGUAAUUCUGUGGCCAGUAAAGUGUGGGGCUUAUAUGUGACAUUCAAUGUUUGUUGAUGACUUUCUCGAUAUAAUAACCAGUGCUUAAUUUGAUUUGCACUAAUAAACCCAUUUAUUAGUAUGAUGUAUACACACAAAGACAAAUCAACAUGAUCAUACUUUCACAGAACAAAGAAGUAGAAAGAGCAUCUGGUGCACAUAUAGAUUUAUUUUUUUAUUGUUUAAUUUGUUGUAUUCAGUCAAAAGGGUCUGAAAAAGAGAAAAUCUGUGACCUGCCUUAAGAGAUGUUGGACUCGGAGGCAGCAUCUAGUGGUCAUUAGAGGAACUGCAACUGAAUGAACCCGUGCUUUUUGUUCAUCACUCACACGGAAGGUUGCAAGGCUGGAUUACAAUACCAACCAGCCGAAACAGCAACUUCCCAGGGGCCCCGAUCCUCAAGAGCCAGAAAGUUCCAUGUUAGCAAUUUAGCAUAAACCAAAUCUUGAUGCCCCAUGUUGUGUCGGGCUCCUGAGAAAAUAAAGCUGGGGGAAAUGGAGGGGUCAUUAGGGGCCUCCAGCUCAUUUUGUACUGGGUUAAUCUGACCCCGCAUAGUUGUUGCUUGGUGUGGACAAAAAUAAGUUGGCCAGUCAACCUGUAUGAUUGUUGAACAUUGUUGUGUAAAGUUGUAUCUAGAAAGAGAUCCAUACUCUUUCUGAAGUUUACUGUUGAGGUUUUAAAUUGCAGAUUUUUUUUUCUGCUGUUAAAAUGUGUUGUCUUCUAAAUAUAAAUACAAUAACAUUAUCAGUGCGUGUUCAUGUAAGGAUUACAUUUUCUUUAAUAAUAUAUGGGGGUGUCAUUUUAAAAGACUCAAUCAAUCCUCUGUGUACAGUACUUUCCUCAGAUUUAUUUCAGGUUUCAACCACAUAAUACUCUUACAUCUACAGUACAUAGAUUGGAUUAUAUCAGUACAGAUAUACACCACACAAGUUAACAGAAAAGGUAGAAUCCUUUCUGUAAACAGCAAUGUUCUUUCCCUGUAAACAAGUUUGAAGAAAAUAAAAGCCCAUAUCAUAUCAGA